AUGUUGCUGGGGCAGUAUUCCCAAAAGACAAUAAGGACGCCACCAAUGGGCCCCGACUUCACGGUGCAAGAAAUGCAAUUCCAUUCUCCUCAACAGGAGGUGUUUGGGGAAUGGGAAAGGUUCAUCCACCCAUCAGGGGCGAUUUAUUAUUACAAUGAGACAAGGACAGAUGCAUUGACAUUGGACAAUUCGACAUCGGCUACUAUAUUCUCGAACAAGGACGUGAUGGAGAAAAUUAUCAAUAGACUGGCCAGUCUUGAUGAUAUUUCAAGUUCUGAUGGAAUCAUAACGGAGCCAGGUGUCGCAUUGUUUGUCCGUAAACGCCUCAACCAAAUCUAUGUUGAUGGCAUAGUCAAUUCUCUGGACAUCAAGGCCUUUAUCGAUGAUUUCAGCUCCCAGAACACAGCACAAAUUACCCUGGUGGGAGUUAUCAUGGCGGUUGAUGCCAGUUUCCUUGCUGUUCAAGGUGUAGGUACAGGGAUGGUUGCCGAGUCUAUCUUAAAGGGAUCCAUUAUCUUCUGUGUUGGCUGCAUAUUUUCAGGCAUGUUUGCACAACACUUCGGAGAGAAAAUGAAAUCCCUGAGAUUUGUGGCAUAUUACCUGGAUCAGGGAAUGGCAGUCGUCCUUGGCAUCUUAGUUCCUUUGGCAUGGUGCAGUUUUUGGGCAGGGGUGGUACCCUACAUCCAUGUUGAUGAUGUCUAA